GUUACUUAAGCACCCUGUUUCUUGUGUGCCUGAUCAAUUUCCUGCCUCUUUGUCCAGUUGGACCAGAGUCCCAAAAAGGUCUUAGCUCAAAAUGUCCCAGGCGCAUGUGCCGGAAGCAUUCACCACCUGUAACAAAGAGACAGAGGAGGGUCGGUCCCAGAGAACCAGUGAUUACUACAGAGUUAAUGACGAUUUGCCAGCCAGGUUCAACCACCCAGGAUGGUUUCGGGGCUACAGAACGAAUGAGCCCCAUCCAAUGUACAGGACCACCAACCAGAUCUAUGGAAGCAAAGCGCCUACUGUACAUGAAAUGCCAACCUCCUUUAACAUUACCUCACAUGCAUUUUCGAAACAUCUUGGAAAGUGUGGCAUGUAUAGGAAUAACGGGCUCAACACCUACAUGGAGAAAAGUGAUGUGACUGGCAUAGAUAACCUUAUCACCUUCUACGACAGACUCAACUUUCACCCCAGUUACAAUGGCAGUGGCCCAUCCCACUGUGAAUAAUGUUUCAGCCAUGAUGUCUGCAGUAUGACACCUGUUCUUCAGUUUACUGUCUACUGCCUGAUUAAAAAAAACCCCCAAACACGAGCAAACAAUAGCAUUGACAUUUCCUUAGGAUUUCUGCUUCUCUCCUAAAUCAGCUCCUAAGACUCUCUUUGAAAGCAUGACUGGAAAUGGUGCACUCCUGCACUGAGUGAUGUUAAAUACACUUCCGUCUGCCACAUUAGCUUGCAGGAUGAUUCACCACAACAAACACAGGCUUCUGUUACAAUAAUAAUGCAUGCCAUUAAAGCAUCAUUAAGCUGCAAUGGGAAUCUUUUAUUAUAAUGUCUGACUUGAGGUUACCUUGCUGAAGGAGAGCCUAGAUCCAAUGUUAGCAUGACGUAGUAGAAAAGGUCAUGAAAACAGAAUAAAAUGGGGAAAUGAGCAAGGAUGAAAACUCUGUCAUUGAGAGAGUAAUAAGAGCAAAAUGCUCUUUAGAG